AUGUUAUCUUUAAAAAAGAAAUAUUAUAUUUAUUUCUUUUAUUAUAUUCUGUUUUUUUUUUCAUUAUUCCUUCUUUUUAUUCUUCUGUUAUUCAUGUUAUCUUUCAUUAGUAUUUAUUUAAUUCUUUCAUUUUACCUCUUCAUUCUUUUAUUCUAUUCUGGUUCUUACAAGAUUAUACUCUAUUUUCAGUUAUUAUUUAAUAAUCCAUCAUCUAGUUCUUUUUUUCUAUUGUGUAGUGUUAUAAGCAUAUUAUUUUUAUUUCAUAUCUUUAAUGUUAAAGUGAUAUUUACAAUUGUAGUAAUUAACAAGACAAACACAAAAUAG